UAGACAAUAGUUAUUUAAUUAAUUCAUAAUAUUUAGGCUUAAUAACUUCCCUACUAUGUAGGAGUAAUCAUUUAAUUAACUCUUUAGUUGUGAGGUAGAACAACUAGUAGAUUACCCUUUAUUAAAUGACUAUUUCUUGAUAGUAGGGAAUUAUUAAGCAUAAAUAUCAUAAAAUAAUUAAUUAACUAUUUUGUCUAGUGUUAACACUAUUUUAAAAGGGUAAAUAGGACAAAUGACAUUUUGUUAAGGGCUUUCAUGCUAUAUAUAUAUAUUUGGUGUAAUCCAAGUGAACUUUUGGUUCUUGAGAAUCUUCGUCUUUCCCAAUUGUUCUUGGCCAAAAUCUUCUUUCCUCCUUUUUUCCGUGGUUAACAAGGGUUUGCUUUUAGUAAUCAUGACUAGCUCAGCGGCUCAACUUUCACUUGACCGUGUAAUUCUCGAUUACAUGUCUAGUAGAGGUUUCCAUCAGGUUGGAGAGGUAUUCUCCAAUGCAAUUCAGGCUAAUCAAAAUGGUAAUGCCAUUAAUUCUCCCCAUGAAGCAUUUCUGCAAGUUUGGUGGGGUAAAUUUUAUGAAGCAUACAUAUCUAGAUUUCCUGACGAUGCUAUAUUGACCACUGAUUCCUUUGAUAAGGUAUCACAAACGGUGGAAAACAUUGUAGCUGAUAACAGUUUGCAUCAAUCUUAUACUUGUGAUCAUACUAAAAACAUCUCUAAUGUCAUGUCGUCACCUCUUUUGAAGACGUCCUCUCAUGUGAUGGAAUCCAUUGAUCUUGAUGUUAUGGAUGUUCAUAUUCAAAAUUUGUUGUCAGCUUAUGAUACCCAUUUUUCAUCACUAGAUUUGUCUUCUCAGAGAGACAUAUUAUCAGACUUACAGUGUCCUGAGAUGGGUGGCAUGCUUCCUUUUGCAAGAAAUUCUGGCUAUCAAAUGACUCCGAAGGGGAAUGCAAGACGUGACAGACCUGACAUAGACUUGGAAGGACCUAUGCUAAUGGAACCAAGUAUUCAUGCCCCUACAAAUGCUUUGCCUGCUUCAGUGGAACUUUAUGAUUCAGGGAACAACAUAUCUAUCCAACAAGCAUCUCAUCAAGGAUGUCCAUCCGUUAUGUUAGUUGAUACAGAUCAAAGGGCCCCAGAGUUUUUACCAACUAACCAACAAAAAUUAGUUCCUAUAGGAGGACUUAAGAGAAGAUCUGGAAAGCAACCUGCAGUGCAGGAGAAUAUAAACCAGCUGGGACUGCAGUUUUCAAAUAAGAGUGGCAUAAAGAGGAAAGCUCCAUUGAGUUCUUUGGCAUCCGUUUGCAUAAAAGCUACCGUCUCUGGUGUUGCAAAGAAUAAGACUAUAAGCUGCUAUUCCCAAGGAGAUGAUGGUCUGGUCAAUGCAAGUAGUUCAAUCGAUGCAUCGACGAAAAAAUUUGCCACUCCGCAGGAAGAAACCUCUUUUAAAGAGAUUAGUAACCUUGACACAAAAAUGAGCAAGCUCCUAUGUUGCCACUUCAAUUCAAAAGGAGAGGUGUUGGCUACCGGUGGAGACAACGGGAAGGUUUUGAUUUGGGAGUUCGGAAAUAACAGAACUUGUAGUGUACAAGGUCAUGCUCAUCAAGUCACAGAUGUCUGUUUUAGACCAAACUCAACAGUGUUUGCAUCAUCUUCGUUUGACAGAACUGUGAAGAUGUGGGAUGCAACAAAGCGAAACAAUCCUUCUUUCCAAAACCUUGUUGGCCAUGAUGGGCAUGUGAUGUCUAUAGAUUUUCAUCCAACAAAGUUGAGUCUCCUCAGUUCUUGUGAUAGCAAUGGUGAGAUUAGACUGUGGGAUGUCAAGAGCGGUGAUUGCAAGCUGAAUUUUAAGGGAGGUAUUAGUCAAGUUAGAUUUCAACCUCAACUUGGGGACUUUUUGGCUAGUUCUACUGGAAACAUUAUAAAUAUUUUUGAUGUAGAGACACACAAGAUCCAAAAAAAAUUACAAGGACACAUCAAAGACAUCCAUUCAAUCUGCUGGGAGACGAGUGGGAGCUACCUGGCAUCUGUGAGUGAAGAUAGUGCGCGGAUAUGGUCUGUUAGUGACGAGAAGUGUUUAUAUGAAGUGUACUCUAGCGGAAAUAAGUUCCAGUCAUGCACUUUCCGCUUUGGGCGCCCUCUAGAGUUGGUGAUUGGUUCUGAUAAGUUCUUGGAGGUGUGGAAUCCAUUCUUCCAGAGUAACAUAACUAGACCAUAUAUCGCACAUUCAGGUACUAUUAAUUCAUUAGUAGAUUCACCUUCGAAAGGAAUCGCAGCUUCAGUUAGUGAUGAUCAAUGGAUCAAGAUAUGGAAAUGACACUUCUUUGAAGAUCAAAAGAUACAACAAUCAUUCUUCCUUGUUUCUUUUAUCAAUGAAACUACAACUGCAUACGCCCUUCCGUAUGCAUUUUGGACACCAAGGAAGGUGAUGUUAUUCUUGGCACAUCACCAGUUGAAUUAGUUUUUUGAAAGGUUGUUUCAGUUACAAACACUAACUAUUGUUUCAAACUCCUCUAUUUUAUCUCUUUGAAGUUGAUAUUUAAAUGAAUUUGAUUUCUUAAAUUGGGAAGUUUGUUCUAUAGCACUUAUAUGUAUUUCC